CGGCGGUGGACAUCCGAGGUACCGGCCCCCGCUCCGUGUUGAUGUCACUGGAAAGCGAUUGAGCGAGCGGGCGAUGGGGAAGGGGGCGGUUAUAACGGGCCCCCGAGGCCAUGGUGGCUGGGCGCUCCUCGUCGGCGAGAUAACCUCCUGGGAAUUUCCUGGGUUGACAGUUCCUGGAUUCCUAUAUUAAACAACGGAAGUGUAUUAGACUACUUCUCAGAGCGAAGUAACCCGUUCUAUGACCGAACAUGUAACAAUGAAGUAGUCAAAAUGCAACGACUGACCUUGGAGCACUUGCAAUGAAUAUAUUUACUUAUUCUGGUCACUUGUCUUUUAGUCAAAUGACUGGAGUGGAAUAUAUCCUCCUUCAUGCUCAAGAGCCCAUCCUUUUCAUAAUUCGAAAGCAGCAAAGACAGUCUCCUACACAAGUCAUCCCAUUAGCUGAUUACUAUAUUAUUGCUGGAGUGAUUUAUCAGGCACCUGAUUUGGGAUCUGUCAUAAACUCCAGAGUGCUCACUGCAGUGCAUGGAAUUCAGUCUGCUUUUGAUGAAGCCAUGUCAUACUGCCGAUAUCACCCUUCCAAAGGCUACUGGUGGCAUUUCAAAGACCAGGAGGAACGAGAUAAAACCAAACCAAAAGCCAAGAAGAAGGAAGAACCAAGCUCUAUUUUCCAGAGGCAGCGGGUCGAUGCUUUGCUUCUAGAUCUGAGGCAAAAAUUUCCACCCAGAUUUGUUCAGCAAAAACCCGGAGAAAAGCCCAUUGCAGUGGAUCAGAUCAAGAAGGAGCCGGAACCAGCCCCAGAAGCUAUAAAACCAGAGGAGAAGGAGGCAGUAAAGAAUGCCCAACAGAGCACUGCUAAAGGGCCCCCAGAGAAACGGAUGAGACUCCAGUGAAAGGAUGGACUGUUCCACAUCUAGAUGAUUCAAGGUCUGGAGAAGAAUUUGCAAGAGAGUCCUGUUCCCAAUCAUCUGUAUUUGGACAUGGCAGGAUUGUGACAUGGCAGGAUUUAUAGCUUCUUGCAACAGCUUCUUCUCUCAGCAGAAACCUAUUAUAAAGCAGUCAAUGGAAAGACUUGAGCUGCACUGAGAGGGUUUUUUCAGCCUUCUCCCCAUUUCAGAUGUUAGCUACUGCCUGAAUUUCACACUAGGUGCAUUUUGCAACUUUUUUAUAAAGCCAUAUCUCUUUUCAUGUCCUCUGGUAGUUGUUUUCUAUGUAAUAAGAGGAAGUUUUUUAAUAAAAUAAGAGUUCUUGACACACCAGCAUUUGACUGUUGACAUCCUUUCUUACUCUCUUGAUAGCAUAUUCAGUAGCCAUUUCAUAUGCAAAUGUAUACUGAUGGUAGAUUUAGGACAAACUCUGAUAUUAUGCAUGUUAACCUUGCUUGAGAAAAGUGAAUGUGUCCUGUGUCAUUAAAGGAGUCUGUCUGCUCUGCCUGUUAGAAUGCUGGUAUAUAAAGAUCAAAGAUUUGAUAACUGCACUGUGGAAUUCAUAUAAUUAGAUGACAACCUUCAGUUAGCUCUCAUGUUCUCAUGGGUAGGAUGUAUUAUGGGUCCUGGCAAUAAACCUUGAAUACCACAGCAAACCCUCA